CUAUUUCUUUUUUCUUCUAAUGGCAGGCCAAAUACCCAGGCUUUCUAAGGUCAAUCUUUUUACUUUGUUCAGUCUCUGGAUGGAGCUCUUUCCUUCUCCUGAACAACAGAAGAAAUCGCAGGUAAAGAAGAGCGGUCUGGUUGUGGUGAAAAACAUGACAAUUAUUGGUCUUCAUUGUUCCAGUACAGACCUGCAUGCUGGUCAGAUUGCACUCAUUAAACAUGGAUCGAGACUUAAAAACUGUGAUCUUUACUUUUCCAGAAAACCAUGUUCAACUUGCUUAAAAAUGAUUGUAAAUGCUGGGGUGAACAGGAUUUCUUACUGGCCCGCAGAUCCUGAAAUCAGCUUGCAGAAUGAGGCAUCCAAUCCUGUGAUGACCAGUGAUGCAAAGCUUGAUGCCAAAGCAGUAGAAAGGCUGAAGUCAAACAGCCGUGCUCGGGUGUGUGUGUUGCUUCAGCCUUUGGUGUACUAUAUGGUGCAGUUUAUUGAAGAAACUUCCACCAAGCUUGAUUUUAUUAAAAAAAUAGCAAAAUCUCAGCCUGACUUUAAUACUGACUUUUAUACUGCGUGUAGACAAGAAAGAAUUAAAGAAUAUGAAAGUUUAUUCCUGAUUUCAAAUGAGGAAACACACAAGCAAAUAUUGAUGACCAUAGGACUGGAGAACCUCUGUGAAAAUCCGUACUUUAGCAAUCUUAGGCAAAAUAUGAAAGAUCUGGUCUUGGUCUUGGCCACGGUGGCUGCCAGCGUCCCUGUCUUUGGUUGCUUUGGAUUUUACAGCAGUGAACCACAGCCAGCAAAUGAAACAUGCCAUCAGGGUUUGCCCCAAGAGAUUGCAAGGCACUGUAUGGUGCAAGCCAUGCUGCUCGCCUACCGGACAGAGGAUCAUAAAACAGGAGUCGGAGCUAUUAUUUGGGCAGAAGAAAAAUCAUUGCAGAGAAGCUGUGAUGGAACAGGAGCAAUGUAUUUUGUAGGCUGCGGUUACAAUGCCUUUCCUGUCGGAUCUGAAUAUGCUGAUUUUCCACACAUGGAUGACAAACAAAAAGAUCGGGAAAUCAGGAAGUUCAGAUACAUCAUACAUGCUGAGCAGAACGCCUUGACAUUCAGGUGUCGAGAAAUAAAGCCGGACGAGAGAAGCAUGAUAUUUGUGACAAAAUGUCCUUGUGAUGAAUGUGUCCCUUUAAUCAAAGGGGCUGGUAUCAAGCAAAUCUAUGCAGGAGAUGUCGAUGCUGGAAAAAAGAAAGCAGAUAUUUCAUAUAUGAAGUUUGGUGAACUGGAGGGUGUAAGCAAAUUUACUUGGCAACUAAAUCCAUGCCACCCUAAUGCCGUUGAAUUCCAUGAUCCCACAAUGAGGGAAAAUGGAGUUCAGAAGACAAAAUCAGUAGAUGACCAGCAGCACCAGAACAAGAAACUGUGUCUUGGUCACUACUGAAUAAUCACUUAAGCACUCCUGCAUUCUUGCUCUAUACUUUUUAUAAUGCAGCCUGUUUGCACUUUCAAAUAACGAAGGAUUUUAUUUAUUGUUUGGAAAGUGAUUUUUAGAAUAACCUUAUUUAUGAUGCCUUGAAUGUUUUACAGAAUUACUUGAAGGUCUUUUUAAUUUAGAAGUUCCUGGGGAAAAAAUGCUGCUUGUAUUUUCUAUGAAAGUAAUUGGGUGGCAAAUAAUUCUUAAUGCAUAAGAACAAAUGCAGAAAUUUGUUGCUGGUAGAUCAGAGGAAUAAUAAAAUGUUAUCUCUUUGCUUGGUAUAGGGAUUGAGGGAAUGAAUUUCUAAGUUCUGGGUUAGCAGAAUGCAGAAAUAAGCUGUGGUUCAAGUAGAGUACUCAAAGGAAUCUCCAAGAAAACAGUAGAUAAGUCAUCACUUGUAACUAGCCCAGUUCCUCAAAGUGGCUUUUGCUUCUCAGUCUGUUUGUAUAAUGGACACUGCCACUGGCACAUAAUGGUUGUUAGAGAAGUGAUUUGGAAAUUGUUUGUCUCUCAUAUAUAAUUUCUUCCAAGUACCACAGCAGCACAGCUGUUUUCUUCUGUGGUACUUGCAUCGCUGUGGUGUGUUCUCUGUGCUUCCUCAAGCACAUCCCAUCUGAAUUAAUUUAGACCUUUACUUCCAUCCUGGAAACCCUGCAAGGAGAAUUGUGUCCUAAGAUUCUGCUUGGUUUCAGUUUGUUCCUUGCAGGCUUUGGAUAGCAAAGCUGUGAUGGGACAGCAUGCAAAGCAGUGUUAACAUAGCAUUAAUUGCAGGGAGACUGUUCUCACGCAGUCUGGUCCUGCAAUUUAAGGUAGGUUCUUGAUGCUCAGAACUGCAGCAAGGAGCUGAGAUUCCUUACGGCUCAUCAGAUAACUUCAUAUCAGAACUGCGGAAUGCUUGUAUCCUCUUACCAUCGUGAGAAUUUGCUCUUACUGAAGCUGGGUGAAGGCUUUCUCUCAGUUUAGUGAAACUGAAGACAGCCUUGGGCGAGAGGUGAGAGGUGUUUGCAGUCAGCAGCAGAAAUGUUGCCAGGCGAGUGGCUGAUCCACCACCACUGCUGUCCUUUCCCAGGAGCAGGAUGCAAAUAUGACGCUGUUUGUCAACCAAGGGAAGGAUGAUGAAAUCCACUUUUUGCAUCACACCUCAAAAAUUUGCACAGUAGCUCAUGAGGAAGUAUCUGAUCUGCUGCUUCUCUGACUGAACUGCCACCAGCUCUUGUGGUCCAGAGCACAGGGCCUGAGAUCCUGGACCAGUAGGUCCAGCUUGCAGGAGGUCUGUGCCUCUGUCAGACAGAGAGUCCAGCUUGGGCCUGGGGAGGAUGUUCCUGUUCUGGAUGUCAUGCAACCCUCCAAAACUGAUUUUCUUCCUCUUGUCAAGUUCCAUGGCUUUUAACUUCCACUCGAGUUUAAAGUUGAAUAUUGGUGCUUCAUAAGCGAGACUGUCACUAUAAUCUGUUUUAAAUCAAAUAUUUUACUUUGUCAUACCGUUUUCCUUCCAUUUCUUGUAAGCAUCCUGUGUAAGAGUGAUUGCUCUUGGCUUUUUCUACAGAUUAGAAGAACACCGCCUAGAUUAAAACAUCCCCAUACCCUGA